AUGGGCAAGGAUGCUGAUACAGAUCGGAGAAGGAACAUAUCCAGAAAAUGUGUUUGGUUAUAUCGAGCUGCCUUCCACUCUCAACAAGGAGACCUUAUUCGUGAAGUUUUUGGUGAUACCAUCGAAGUAGACGACAUAGCAGAGCUAGCGGAAAAGGCAAUACUUGCUCCAAAAAAUAUUCAUGUAGCGCACAUGAACGAUCUCGCGCUGGAGCGAAUCCCUGUGCAUCUGGAACUCAAAGUAUACAAGAGCAUCGACGGAGUGGAAAAUGCAGACCCGGAUGACUCACUCAGUUAUCAAGUGGAGCAUCUGAACAGGUUGCAGCCAAGUGGGAUGCCUGCGUACGAGCUCAAGCUGAAGUAAGGAUGCAUCGUUAUGCUGAUCCGUAAUCUAGACGCAUCCAAAGGCCUUUGCAACGGAACAAGACUUAUUGUUGAUCAAUGUGGACAAUUCGUGCUAGGUUGCAGAUUUGCUACUGGAAUAAGGAAAAACGAAUUUGUUCUCAUCCCUCGAAUAGAUCUCUACACAGAUCAAGGACUUCCGUUUCGAGUUCGGAGGCGACAAUUUCCAGUUCGCUUGGCCUUUGCUACCACGAUCAAUAAGGCUCAGGGCCAGACUCUGACAAAAGUUGGAAUAUAUCUACCCGAAGAUGUAUUCUCUCAUGGGCAACUAUAUGUUGCGCUAUCGAGAGCUCGGAAUGCUGACUCAGUGAAAGUUCUUUCAUCAAAAGCUAAAAUCAAGAAUACUGUCUACAAAAAUGUUUUGUAG